AUGGCUCUAUAUUGUGCAAUAUCAAAUGAAGUACCAGAAGUGCCUGUUGUAUCCCCAUCGUCUGGUGCUGUUUUUGAGAAAAGGAUCAUAGAAAAAUAUAUUAUUGAAAAUGGCGUGGAUCCAAUAAGCGGGAAAGAAUUGAGAGUGGAGGAUCUUAUAGAAAUUAAAACUCCACCUAUCGUGAAACCUAAGCCCCCAAGUGCUACUUCCAUCCCAGCGACAUUAAAAAGCAUGCAAGAUGAGUGGGACGCACUCAUGUUACACACAUUCACACAGAGGCAACAACUCCAAACAGCAAGACAGGAGCUUAGCCACGCUCUGUACCAGCACGACGCAGCCUGUCGCGUGAUCGCGCGUCUCACCAAGGAGGUGACAGCGGCCCGAGAGGCACUGGCCACCCUCAAGCCGCAAGUCGCCGUCGUUGCGCCCCAACCCACGCAAGUGGCGGAGGGCGGCGCGGCGGCGGCGGCGGGCGGGCAGCCGGCGGUGGGCAUGUCUGGGGAGGUGGUGGCGCGGCUGCAGGAGCGCGCCACGGCGCUCACGCAGGAGAGGAAGCGGCGCGGGCGCACCGUGCCCGAGGGGCUGCUGCCCCCGGACCAGAUACGCGCCUUCAUCACGCUCGCCUCGCACCCGGGUCUCCAUUCGGCCAGCGUGCCCGGCAUUUUGGCGCUGGACAUCAACCCGUCGGACCAGAGCCGGCUGCUGACCGGCGGCAACGACCGCAACGCGACCGUCUUCAACAAGGACACGGAGCAGGUGGUGGCCAUCCUCAAGGGCCACACCAAGAAGGUCACGCGCGUCAUCUACCACCCGGACGAGGACACAGUCAUCACGGCUUCGCCCGACCACACCAUCCGUGUGUGGAAUGUGCCCACCUCGCAGACGUCCGUGAUCCUGCGCUCUCACGACGGGCCCGUGACGGGGCUAUCGCUUCACCCCACCGGCGACUAUGUGCUGUCCACGUCCACAGACCAGCACUGGGCGUUCUCAGACAUCCGGACUGGGACUCUGCUCACCAAGGUGAGCGACUCGUCCGGCGUCAGCCUCACCACCGCCCAGUUCCACCCGGACGGCCUGAUCUUCGGCACCGGCACGGAGAACUCGCAGGUGAAGAUCUGGGACCUGAAGGAGCAGAGCAACGUCGCCAACUUCCCGGGCCACGUGGGGCCGGUCACAUCCAUAUCGUUCUCCGAGAACGGCUACUACCUGGCCACCGCCGCGGAGGACGCCUGCGUCAAACUGUGGGACCUGCGCAAGCUGAAGAACUUCAAGACCAUACAGCUGGAGGAGGGCUACGUGAUCCGCGAGCUCUGCUUCGACCAGAGCGGCACCUACCUCGCGAUUGCCGGCACGGACGUGAGGGUCUACCUGUGCCGCCAGUGGCAGGAGCUCAAGGUGUUCAACGACCACACCGCCUCGGCGACGGGCGUCCGCUUCGGGAAGAACGCCCAGUACAUCGCCUCCACCAGCAUGGACCGCACCCUCAAGCUGUACGGCUUGGAA